UUUAUAAAUUACUUACUUUGAAAUAACAAAGGGAUUUAAUUUGAUUUAUUUAAGUUUGAAUCACUCAUCCUUCUGAAUAUUAGAGAGUGAAGAACAAAGAUAUUCAGCUGAUAGAAACCACUGAGUUCACUGACUGUCAAUGGUGAACUUCUCGUUCUUUUUCCUAUAAUAUUAUGAAAGGUAUUUUUCACGAUUUGAAAGACUUUGGAGACCCCUCAACUCUGUCAAACUUGCCGAAAUUACACGGCAAAGUAAACUUCAUGAAAGACUGUAUUGAAAAUCAUCAAUAUCCAGAGUUGUUUUGGAAAGCACUUCAGAGGUAUCAUCAUGUAAACUACGGAAUGACAUCAGUAAGAAAACAUUGGGAACUAAAGAAUAAGCCAUCUCGUCUUAAGUCAAAACGGUUAAAAGGUAUGUAUUCUUUGCAUUAUAAAGAGCGAUCGGGCCUGGUACAUUCAGUUCACACCUAUUCCACCAGUGGGACAGAUUGCAACACUAGUAAUUUCUAAAUUUUCCCUUUCCGCGAAAUAUAAAUUUAUCAGUUUUCAGCAAAUAUCAUCAACAGGUAUUUACCCCCACAAUUCGACUCAGUGGACCUUAAUGGUAACGAUUUAUGUCAGUAGAAUUCAAUAGUAGGUAGUAGGUUAAUUUUUAAAAGCAGGUUUGCAGGGAUUUGAUUAACAUGAAAUUAGAUAUAAUGUUCCGAAAUUGACACAUGAAUUGUAUACCGUGGUGAAUCUUCACGUGUAGUGGCCGACUAAGCACCGCUUGAAUUCAUCCAAACGCUUCUUGAU